GAAGUACUCCACAAAGCAUUUCCCGCCUAAACAAAUACAAAAUGGCACCCGAACCUGAAAUUGGACAAACAGCUAACGAAUUUACUAUCGAUUCGCCUCCACUUGACACGAUAUCUUCAGUAAAUUUUAGUCCGAAAUCUGCUAACUUUUUGUUAGUUUCGUCAUGGGAUGAUUCUGUGCGUCUUUAUGAUGUUGUUGGUAACAAGCAAAGAUUAACCUACAAUCAUAAAGGACCAGUAUUGGAUUGCUGUUUCUCUGACGGUGUACAUUGUUUUAGUGGAGGACUAGAUUGCGCAUUGAAAACUUAUGAUUUCAAUGCGUCAGCCGAGCAAGAACUAGGCCGACACGAAGCUGCGAUAAAAUGUGUUGAAUUUUGUAAUCAAAUGGGUGUUGUGGUCACGGGUAGUUGGGAUAAAACUGUGAAAUUAUGGGAUCCACGUCAACCUCAACCAACAGGAACUUACUCACAACCGGACAAGGUCUACACAAUGGCUUUAGCAGAUGAAAGACUUGUUGUUGGGACGGUAUGCAGGUCGAGAGUUAUGGUUUGGGAUCUUCGAAAUAUGAGCUAUGUUCAACAAAAGAGAGAGUCAAGUCUCAAAUACCAGACACGUUGUAUAAAAGCCUUCCCAAAUAAACAAGGUUAUGUUUUAAGCUCCAUCGAAGGUCGUGUUGCUGUUGAAUAUUUUGACCCUAGUCCUGAAGUUCAAAAAACAAAAUAUGCCUUCAAAUGUCAUCGUAUUAAAGAGUCUGGAAUGGAGAAUAUAUAUCCUGUGAACGCCAUUUCUUUUCAUAGUGUCCAUAAUACAUUUGCAACUGGUGGUUCAGAUGGUUUCGUGAACGUAUGGGAUGGUUUCAAUAAGAAACGUCUUUGCCAGUUCCAUCGUUAUCCAUCAAGUAUCAGCUCUUUAUCGUUUAGUCAUGAUGGUAGCUCGCUUGCUAUAGCUUCAUCCUUUCUGCACGAGGAAGAAAAUGCAAACCCUCCAGAAGACGCCAUCUACAUUCGUAGCGUUUCCGACACAGAAACAAAACCAAAGUGAAGGACAACACGGAGUGGACAAAUCGAUCAAACAUGAAAUAAAUGAACGACCAGUAUUAAUGCUACUGGUGAUAAAAAUGAGUGGCAGAUGAAAAGUGCGUUCUCACGUCUGCUAGAACUUAUAUUAAUUGCUAAAUUCUUAUGUUUCAAGUAUAGAGCUUAAUAUCUCAAAAAGUUCUUUGACGAUUUAAAACAAAAUUGGCAUUGUUUAUAAAAACUUGAAGAAAGUUUUGCUUUGUGCCAUUCGCAGUCACAGCAUUGAUGUUAGCACAUCUUAAUUACGAAUUUUAUUAUUAUUGGAACUUUAUUGUCUUCCUGUAUUAUGCUUCAUACAUGUUCCCGUUAAAUACCAAACAUUAAAAGAAGGUUAAAGGCCAAA